GCACGCCGAACAGACGUCCGCACGCGAGAAUUGAAACAUUACGAACUUCGCGACGAAAAACUUUUUUUUAAUGAAAAGUACAUUAAUUUCAAGUGUAGUCAGUGGACUAUUGAAAAAAGUAUGUAGCUGAUAGCGUAACUGACUAUUUUGAGAUUUUCGUGAUUAUUGACUAUUUUGUUUUUGUAAAGAUUUACAUUAUUUUACAAAUUGGUCUGUGUUAAUUAGUGUAAUCAUGGCGAAAACAUAUAUACUAGCGCUAUGCAUGCUGGGCACUGUAGCCGCGUACACCGGGCCCGAUCUACCACCGGGCCCAUUCUGUGGCAAGACUGGCGAAUGCUGUCGCGAUCGGAGGGACUCUUGCGCGCAUAGGAUACUUGACACGUUAUGCUACUGCGACGAAUUCUGCGACUUCAACCGUGCGCACGACGACUGCUGUCCCGACUAUCUGCCAGUCUGUCGCAACCAGACCGUAGACCCUGGCUUCAUCCUGCAGCCGUGCCGGCAUCGGGGGCAGUUGUACAUGCCCGGGCAGAAGCGAGAAGAUAACUGCAACACCUGCGAAUGCGUGCACGACGAAAGAACGAAGAAGACGGAAUGGUCGUGUGAGCAAGACACCUGCCUUAUGAGCGAAGAUGUGGUGUAUGGCGUCAACCAACCAGGUCUGGGAUGGCGCGCGUAUAGCUACCCGCAGUUCCAGGGGAAGAAACUUAAGGAUGGACUAAGUUACAAGCUAGGAACACUGCCCCUAAGCGCCGAGACACAGCGGAUGCUGCCCAUCGAGUACGAAUCAGACACACCAAUGCCCGACAGCUUCGACGCUAGACAACGUUGGCCGGGCUACAUCACUCCUAUUGUGGACCAGGGCUGGUGUGGAUCUGACUGGGCUGUGUCUAUUGCAUCCAUCGCUUCUGACCGAUUUGGCAUAAUGUCCAACGGCGCAGAGAGCCUGGUCCUGUCUCCACAGACGCUCCUAUCCUGCAAUCGGAGACACCAGCGAGGCUGUGCUGGAGGCAAUGUCGAUGUAGCUUGGAACUUCGCGGGCGAACACGGAUUAGUGGAAGAGAAAUGCUUCCCCUACACGGCUAAGGCCGAGAGAUGUCCGUACCAGCCGCACGGAGACCUGAUCCAGGAUGGCUGCCGGCCGAAGGACCCUCGACGCACUUCGCGGUAUAAGGUGGGGCCGCCGUACCGUCUCCUUAAAGAAGAAGAUAUCAUGUAUGAUAUCAGGGAGUCCGGCCCUGUUCAAGCCGUGAUGACGGUGUACCAGGACUUCUUCCACUACCGUGACGGCAUCUACCGUCGCAGCAGGCAUGGAGACAGCAAGCUUCAGGGGCUCCACAGCGUCAGAAUUGUGGGCUGGGGCGAAGACCGCCAGGAGAAGUUCUGGAUCGUAGCCAACAGCUGGGGUACAGAAUGGGGUGAGAACGGCUACUUCCGCAUCGCACGGGGCUCGAACGAGUCCGGAAUCGAGUCGUUCGUCGUGUCCGCGUUCAGUGACGUCACGUCCGCUUUCCUCCGGUCCUCCGGCCGACGCACAUAACAGAGGGGACAACUUAUUGUACCGAUGUGCAGAUACCACAAGAAACACGGGAUCAUGUGGUAUUUUAAGAAGUACGGUUAGGUUUUGAUCUGUUAUAUUUUUUUUUAUCCAGCCAUAGUACCUAAGUUUGAAUUCUGCUAGCUACCCACUCGUAGAAUUAUGACUGCAAUGGUUUUAACGAAUUUUUGGGGUGGUGUAAAUUCUUUUUUUUAAUGUUGAUAGCGAGUAUAUUAUUUAUUAUCAUUGGGACUCUCAAGACUUUAAGUAUUUCAAUAGUACUUUUACCGACAUGUUUGCAUUUUUUCCUAUAAUUGUUGUCUAAAGAAGUUUUUUUUUUUCGGAUUAAAAACAAGUGUAGUUACAAGAUAUAGUGACAUUACUGACUACUGGUAUACUGGGGUUACUUUGAUUCAUGAGUUAACAUUGAUCAUCGAUGUAUGGGGAGUACUUUUGAACGCUAUUUAAACAUUUAUUUACGUGUUUAACUUACAGAAAUAAUGAUAAAACCGGAUUCUUAAUACUUCGAUCAUUCUCACCCCACAAAUCAAAGUAGCCCCAGUUUACGUACCUAAAAUGCCUUAGUACCUACGUAAAAUAAGUGUUUUGGCAAUAUUUUGUAAGAAACUCUAGUGUAUUACUUUCGCAUAGGUAAAUAUAUUCAAAAUGAAUCAAGAGACCAAAAUGUGCCACUUUAGAACUAGAACGCAAAAUAGAAAGUAUUUUCAGAUCAAA